AUGUAUUUUAUUUUAUUAUUAUUUUAUUAUUCUUAUAUAAUAGAUAUUCACGGCUACAAAUACACUAAUUUAUAUACACACUUUAAUUAUUACAUCAAAGGGAACAACAACUUCCCAUUAAAAUCUCAUGUAAAUAGUGAACUUUUGGGUAUUUUAAAUCGACGUUCUAAUACAUUUAAUACUAACCUCAUUCUAACUGAUAAAUUACCAAUUUCCUCAAAAUUAUCUUCCGGAAUUUAUACCACCUUACCACUGGGCCAUCGCAUUAUCAACCGCAUUAGCAAUAUAUUUAAUGUUGAAUUGUACAAAUUGGGUGCCGUUCAGCUGUCAUUCCCCCUCUUAAACCCCGACAAUGUUGUUUCAAACACUGGAAACACGGUGGGUGAUAGUGAGUUAUUCAAGGUAUCAAGAAACGGUUCUUUAGAGUAUAGGUUAUCUGGAACCUGUGAAGAUUUGUGUAACGUAGUGUUGAAAAAUGAGUUGACUCCUUUAUCGAAGCUACAACUACCAGUACUCUUGUAUCAAAUAAACACAAAAUUUCGUGAUGAAUUAAGGGUCAAUGAGGGGAAAGUAAGGCUAAGGGAGUUUUUAAUGCUCGAUCUAUACUCUCUCCACUCCUCUGAACAAUGCUCUGAUAGCACCUAUAGUUUAGUGCUUGAAUGCUUCGUCAAUAUCCUGAGGCUACUGGGAUUACAAUUUACCACAUUGAAUUGUAAUAGAAAUAACAUCUUUUCACACGAGUUAAGGGUACAGCAUUCCAAUAACCAAGAUCAAAAUUCAAAUACGGAAUUGGAGGUUGGUCAUUUAUUUAAGUUUGGUACACGCUACUCUGACACAUAUGGUUUGGAAUAUGAAGUAUCCGGUAGAAGGAGGGAGAAGUUGUACAUGAACUCCUACGGCAUUGGUAUUAAUCGCCUUUUAAAUGUGUUAAUUAACAAUUACUCGGAUGAAUUUGGAAUUAAACUACCCCAACUAGUUGCUCCUUACGAUAUCACUAUAAUAGAUUCCACUACCAAAGAUGGUUGGCAAAUAAGUCGAGGAUUAAUGAAGAAGGGUUUGACAGUAUUGUACGACGACAGAAAUGAUACGAUAAAGAAUAAGCUCUUAGAUUCUAAGAGGAUUGGGAUUCCGCACAUUCUCAUUCUUGGCAAUUCGUUAAAUGGCAAAAACAGGUUGAACAAGAAAUUAUGGGAAAGCAUAAACGAAAACUGUAAAAUAUCAAAUUAUUACAAUUUACACCGAGGAGUGGAGAACAUAAUGUACAAAAAUGAUAACAUAAAUCUAAACAAUUACAGCAAUGUUCUAAUGGAAUAUCAUCCGAGAACAGCCAAUUCCAGCUACAUUAUUAAUCUUUCAAAUUUCUUAAAACUUCUUAAUAUCUAA